GCCCCUGGUCCCGCGACCACCCUGCACUGGGGACCUCUGGGUGGGGGGGAAAAGAGAGACCGACAGAGAGACCUGAAGGGGAUGGGGCAGUGGAGAGGGGCCAAAGGCGAUUGGGGGUUUCCAUCCAUAAUGAAACAGCAUGUAAAUGACAUGCAAAUGAAGCUGUUUCCUAGCCCCUUGUAUGGGACUUUGUGUGUCCAGCGGCUGCCACCACCCCACUGGCCCCCUUUCAGGGCUGGAGAGAGAAGCCCUCUACUUGGCUGACGGGAUGUGUAGUGCUAAGAGCACCCACAUUGGAGUCAAGGCUGCCCAGGUUCGAAUCUCGACUCCUCUCCUUACUACCUGUAGGAUCUUGGUCAAGAGACUUCACCUCUGUGUCUCAGUUUCUCAUUUCUAAAAGGGGAAUAAUAAGAUAUAGUGCCUACCUUAUGGGGUUGCUGUGAGGCUAAGAUGAGCAUAAACAUGUCUCCUGCUUAGAACCGUGCCUGCUCAGUGUUUAUUACAGUGUUGGCCCUCUCCCCACCAGGAGACACGUUUGAGGAGGAUGGAGGGAAGGGACCCAGGUUUACAGGUCCCUGGGACUCAUAGUUUUGCCGGUUUGAGGACUAAGAAGUUGGCCCAAGGCCUCAGGCAUGUGGAUCCCCAGAAAGCCCCAUGGGCUGGUAUGUGUGAGGAGGAGUGAGGGUGGGGGGCCCCGGAGCCCAGGCCCCAGCAAGGCCAUCCCUCACCCCCACCCCAUCUCCGGCCUCCAGUAGUGAACUUUCAGCUGUCCUGCUCUGGCCUUUUAUGAGUGGCCUCUCCCGAGCUUGGGCUGUGACCCUAGUCCCCGGGGAUGGGAACAGCUUGUGCUGGUCCGAGUUUCCCAGGCUCCCAGACUCAGCCAGACCUCGGCUCCAGGCAGGAUUGGGCAAGGGGUCAGCUCUCAACCCUGGCCUAAGCUGGGCCUGGGGGGUCGGGGAGCUGUCUGAGUCCCACCCCAUCCCAAUCCAUGAUACAGUCCCUCUGUGUGGGCACGCGGGAGCCAGGGUGUGGGACAGCUCUCCUCUCUCCAGCUCUCUGUCUCCUGCUGCUGCCUCUCCCACUUCUGAGGUCUCCCAAAGUCUACCCGCUAAACUUGCCAUUGCAGUUGGGGCUACCCUCCCUGCCACCUAGGAGCUGGGUUAGCCAGGCUCCCCUCUGUCUUCCUCUCUUCGACGGGAGGUGAAGCCGAGGGUUGGCAUCUGUUUCUACACUACCCCCCCACCCCCUGCCGCCGCUUCCAUCCCCUAUCAGACUUUCCCAGAAGAGGAAACCAGCUCUGCAGGCAGUCCCAUCCACAGUUCGGAAACCUGGAUAGAGAUAGAGGUCGCUGGGCUGCUGUCUGCCUCCCCCCACCAACACAUUCUGCUGGAGAGGGGACCUGGGCCAGGCAGGGCCUCCACCACAGUGCUCGGAGCUUCUCCUUUGAGCAGCCUUGGAAACCUUGAAAGAGAGCCCUCCCGGGAUGCAAGAGGGGCCCUAGGGCCCGUCCUAGCUCUGGGGAGGGUGUCCAUACUAGUCCUGGGGGAGGUACCAUAGAGGCUUCUCUAUGGGGGAGAAGCCAGCAGGAGGAGCAAGAGAAGACGGGGGGGAGAGAGGGAAAGACAAAGACAGAGAUACAGAGAGACAGACAGACACCAACAGACAAGGAAGACACAGGCAGAGGCGUAGAGACUUCUGGAAACAACAAGGCCCAGAGGGAAGCGAGAGGCAUAUUUGGAAAAACAGAGCAGAGACUGAGAGAAAGAACAAGAAGGUGGUAGAGGAGGUAAAACAGGAGGAAGUCCGAAGACCAAAGAGAAAUCCCAGGGGUAGAAGGACUGAAAGGGGCAGCACAGCCUUCGGAGCUUGAUAGACGUGGUCCAAAUCCCCACCCCGCCUUUGGUGGGCUGUGUGACCUUGGGCAAAUGACUUAACCUCUUCGGGAUUUCUUUUUUCUCUUCCUUCCUUCUUCCUUCCUUCCUUUCUUUUCUUUCUUUCUUUCUUUUCUUUCUUCCUCCCUCCCUCCCUCUCUUUCCCUUUCUUUCUUGCUGGCUUUCUUUCUUCUUCCUUUCUUUCUGCAUGGCUUGUGGAAUCUUAGUUCCCCUACCAGGGAUUGAACCUGGGCCAUUGCAGUAAAAGCGCUGAGUCCUAACCACUGGACCACCGGGGAACUCCCUGGGAUUUCUUCAUCUACGUAACAGCUGGCAUAAUAGUACCUACUUUCUAGGACUGCUGAGAGGAUGAAAAGAAAGGAUCCGGCUCACAAUAUGCAUUUAACAAGGGGUAGGAAUUGGUGUUAGAGCACCCACACAUGGCCAGAUGGAGGUCUCCAGAAACAGCACCGGGUGGCUGCUGGGCCAUGGAGCCUCGUGAGUCCGCUUUCCUGCCUGUGCCUCUUACCCCACCUCACAUAGUGGCAUCUGAGGCCUAGUCCAUCAGUGUAGGAGGUGGUGUGUGGAUGGGCAGUGAGGGGCGUAGUCCCUGGGCCGGAGGUUUGGGAUAAGGGCUCAGGCCCUGCGUGCGGGCACACUCCCUCCUCUCCAGGUGACUCAGUGCCCUGCACUCCCAUGCAUUCAGCCCAGAGGAACUUGGAGGCCAGCCCUGAGGAAUUCCUGCCCGAGGUCGGGAGAGCAGGUCUUGUCCAUGUCACCGCAGCCUCGAGCUCCGGGGACAGAUCCAGGCCCAGGCUGCAUAUCAUGAGCACCGGGAUCCCCCAGGACACUCUCUGGGCUCCUCAGGCCCUGGGGCCCAAGGGCCCUGUUGCCCUGCCCCUGGCUCACCUGAGUUUCUCAGGCCCCAGGAUGCCAUAGAGGCCUGGUGAGUUACCUGGGGACUGAGGAUGGAUGGGAGGGAUACAAAAAAGACUACAGGUGGAGAUCUGCCCUGGUGGAGCUGUGAUGGGGCCACUAACCAGAGUCAUGGGCAGGCCUUGCUGCUUUGCAAGACAGGAGUGGGGUGGUGGGUAGAAAUUUGCAGUGGGUGGGAGGGAGCCGAGGAGAGGUGGGCCAGCCCAGCCGCUGAGAGGGUGGGGAGCAGGCUGGAGGGUUUACUGGUUGGGCAGAACGCAGCAGUGGGGUGCGGUUAAGUUAGGGAGCUUCCCUCUGAGCGCUGCCCUGAUGGGAGGUGAGAGCGGCCCGCUGGGACCCUGGGAGUGUGUGGGUGGAAGGCCUGGGGUGGGGCCUGGAGGCAGGCAUUCCAGAGAUACUCAGGGGGCCAAGGGGCCAGCUACCACGACCUUUCUCUCUUCUCGGGGAAAAUUAUAAGCAGAUGUGGACGCCUCAGGGCGGCGUAGAGGAGGGAGCCAAGCCGGGGCAAGUUAACAGAGAAUCUGAAACUGGCGGGGUGGGGGGCGGCGGGUGCUCAAGGGCCUCUGCUGCUCCUGAGCUCAGGAGCCAGAAGGAGACUCCUCUGAGGUCCUGACCUGCUUCCCACCCACUGGGCGAGGCCAGGGGUGGAGGAGUGGGGAGGAGCCCAUUUCCAGAUGGCUGGUGGGUGGUCACAGGGAGGUGGCGGCUUCUCCUGAAGUCUGAGGCCAGGCUGGGGACUCCCUGGGUGAGAGCACCUAGAGCUGGGUGCAGAGGUAUGCUGGCAAGGCUUUAGCAACCGGCUUCGGUGGGGGGCUGGGUGGGGGCAUGGCCCUGAUUUGUGAUGUUUGCUGAUUUCCACCUCCAUGCUUGGUUUCAAGCUACUACUGUGACAGCACUGAACAAGGAGUUGGGAAGAGAAGUCAUGAUUGGCUCUCAGAAGUCAGUAUGGGCCGUGCCAGCGCACCAGUGGUGGGGAGGGGCCUCCUUCAAGGUCACCUGGACCUAGCCCUACUCCCACCCCAUAAAGCAGGAAGCCCCUAACAGCAUCAGGGUGGUUUUGGCCUCUGCCUGCCUACAUCCUGUGAUGGGGAGCUCACCACCUGAGGUCGCUGAUUCCAUCACAGAACUGCUUUGACCUUGGAAAGUUCUUCCUCUAACUGAGCCCAAGUUGGCUUCCCUUAUAACUUCCCUUCAUCGGCUCCAAUUUCACACCUUGGUAUAAUAUCAAAGUGCCCUGGGUAGGGGCUGUGCUGGGGAUUGGGAAUUCAGGCACAGGUCCCUGCCUCUAGAGGUCAUGGUCAGGGAACAGGCACUAGAACAGUGGUGUGUGGGUGAAUGGUGCUGCGGGUCCCGGAAGGGAUGGGUGGGGGCAGUCUGCCAGUGUGGAUCGGGAAGCAGGGCAGGGAAAGAGGGGUGACACUUGGGCUAGACCUUGAAAGGGAGUGCUUAAAGUGAAGAAUGGGGGGGAGGGCGUCCAGACAGAGGAAACCAUGUGAGAAAGUCUCAGAGGCAUGGCCGUGCUCUACCUGGUCAGGAAUCAGACCUGGAGCCUGGGAAGCCUGGGCCAGAGGACCAGAGCCUCAUCUCUUCUGCCACCCCUGCUUGGUCUCUGCAGAGACUUGGCCCUCCAGGUUUGUGGCUGCAGUGCCCCUCACCUGCUCCACACCUGGCCCUGUCACAGGCCUCAGCAAUGUCAUCACCUCUGCGGGCCCUCUUUCUCCUGGCCCUGGGCCUGGGGCUGGCUGGAACCCUCAACCCCAAGGACCCCAACACCUGCAGCUUCUGGGAAAGCUUCACCACCACAACCAAGGAGUCACACUCCCGCCCCUUCAGCCUGCUCCCCUCGGAGCCCUGUGACCGGCCCUGGGAGAGCCCGCACACCUGCCCCCGGCCCACGGUUGUCUACCGGACCGUGUACCGCCAGGUGGUGAAGACGGAGCACCGAAUGCGCCUGCAGUGCUGCCGGGGCUUCUAUGAGAGCAGCGGAGCCUGUGUCCCGCUCUGUGCCCGGGAGUGUGUUCAUGGCCGCUGCGUGGCACCCAAUCAGUGCCAAUGUGUGCAAGACUGGCGGGGCGACGACUGCUCCAGUGCUUGUGCCCUGGGAGUUUGGGGGCCACAGUGUGACAAGCCCUGCAACUGCGGCAACAGCAGCUCCUGUGACCCCAAGAGUGGGGCGUGUUCCUGUCCCUCUGGGCUGCAGCCUCCACACUGCUUUCGGCCCUGCUCCCCUGGCCGCUAUGGCCCUGCCUGCCAGUUCAGCUGCCAGUGCCAUGGGGCACCCUGUGACCCACAGACUGGAGCCUGCCUCUGCCCCCCAGAGAGAACUGGGCCCAGCUGCGAGGUGUCCUGUUUACAGGACAGUGUUGGCUUCUUCUGCCCCAGCACCCCUCCUUGCCAAAAUGGGGGUGUCUUCCAGGCCUCUCGGGGCUCCUGCAGCUGCCCACCUGGCUGGAUGGGCACCAUCUGUUCCCUGCCCUGCCCCGAGGGCUCCUAUGGACCCAACUGCUCCCAGGAAUGUCGCUGUCACAACAGCGGCCUCUGCGACCGCUUCACCGGGCAGUGUCGCUGCGCUCCGGGAUACACAGGGGACCGGUGCCGUGAGGAGUGCCCCGUGGGCCGCUUCGGGCAGGACUGUGCUGAGACUUGCGACUGCGCCACGGGCGCCCGCUGCUUCCCGGCCAACGGCGCGUGUCUGUGCGAACACGGCUUCACUGGGGACCGCUGCGCCGAACGUCUCUGCCCCGACGGCCUCUACGGCCUCAGCUGCCAGAUGCCCUGCACCUGCGACCCGGAACACAGUCUCAACUGCCACCCGAUGAGCGGGGAGUGCUCUUGCCUGCCGGGCUGGGCGGGCCUCCACUGCAACGAGAGCUGCCCGCAGGACACGCACGGGCCCGGCUGCCAGGAGCACUGCCUCUGCCUGCACGGCGGCGUCUGCCAGCCCGACAGCGGCCUCUGCCGGUGCGCGCCCGGCUACACGGGCCCGCACUGCGCUAGCCUCUGUCCCCCUGACACCUAUGGAGUCAACUGCUCCGCACGCUGCUCCUGCGAAAACGCCAUCGCCUGCUCGCCCAUCGACGGCACCUGCGUCUGCAAGGAAGGUUGGCAGCAUGGUAACUGCUCCGUGCCCUGCCCGCCUGGAACCUGGGGCUUUGGUUGCAAUGCCAGCUGCCAGUGUGCCCACGAGGCAGCCUGCAGCCCCCAAACUGGAGCCUGUACCUGUACCCCUGGGUGGCACGGGACCCACUGCCAGUUCCCCUGCCUGAAGGGGAUGUUUGGUGAAGGCUGUGCCAGCCGCUGUGACUGUGACCAUUCUGAUGGCUGUGACCCUGUUCACGGACACUGCCAGUGCCAAGCUGGCUGGACAGGUACCCGCUGCCACCUGCCCUGCCCUGAGGGCUUCUGGGGAACCAACUGUAGCAACACCUGCACCUGCAAGAAUGGGGGCACCUGCAUCCCUGAGAAUGGCAAUUGUGUGUGUGCACCUGGAUUCCGAGGCCCCUCCUGCCAGAGAUCCUGUCAGCCCGGCCGCUACGGCAAACGCUGUGUGCCCUGCAAGUGUGCUAACCACUCCUCCUGCCACCCUUCGAAUGGGACCUGCUACUGCAUGGCUGGCUGGACAGGCCCUGACUGCUCCCAACCGUGCCCUCUAGGACACUGGGGGGCCAACUGUGCCCAGCUCUGCCAGUGUCGCCAUGGCGGGACCUGCCACCCCCAGCAUGGGAGUUGUUUCUGCCCCCCAGGCCGGACCGGACAUCUCUGCUUGGAAGGCUGCUCUCCAGGGGUGUUCGGUGCCAAUUGUUCCCAACCAUGCCAGUGCGGUCCUGGAGAGAGGUGCCACCCAGAGACUGGGGCCUGUGUGUGUCCCCCAGGGCACAGUGGCGCCCCCUGCAGGAUUGGAAGCCAGGAGCCAUUCACCAUGAUGCCUACCUCUCCAGUGGCCUAUAACUCACUCGGGGCAGUGAUUGGCAUUGCAGUGCUGGGAUCCCUGGUGGUGGCCCUGGUGGCGCUGUUCAUUGGCUACCGCCAUUGGCAAAAAGGCAAAGCGCACCAGCACCUGGCAGUGGCCUACAGCAGCGGGCGGCUGGACGGCUCUGAGUACGUCAUGCCAGAUGUCCCUCCGAGCUACAGUCACUACUACUCCAACCCCAGCUACCACACCCUGUCUCAGUGCUCACCUAACCCCCCGCCCCCUAACAAGGUCCCAGGCAGUCAGCUCUUUGCCAGCCUCCAGGCCCCUGAGCGGCCAGGUGGAGCCCACGGGCAUGAUAACAACCACGCCACACUGCCUGCUGACUGGAAGCACCGCCGGCAGCCCCCUCCAGGGCCUCUGGACAGGGGUAGGAGCCUGGGGCCCAAGGCCUCUGGUAACAGCCGCCUGGACCGAAGCUACAGCUGUAGCUACAGCAACAGGAAUGGCCCAGGCCCCUUCUACAGUAAAGGGCCCAUCUCUGAAGAGGGGCUGGGGGCCAGCGUGGCUUCCCUGAGCAGUGAGAACCCCUACGCCACCAUCCGGGACCUGCCCAGCCUUCUAGGGAGCCCCCGGGAGAGCAGCUACAUGGAGAUGAAAGGCCCUCCCUCAGGGUCUCCCCCCAGGCAGCCGCCCCAACUCCGGGACAGCCAGAGGCGGCGACACCCCCAGCCAGAGAGAGACAGUGGCACCUAUGAGCAGCCCAGCCCCCUGACCCAUGACCGAGACUCUGUGGGUUCCCAGCCGCCUCUGCCUCCGGGCCUGCCUCCUGGCCACUAUGACUCACCCAAGAACAGCCACAUACCUGGACACUAUGACUUGCCUCCAGUACGGCAUCCCCCGUCACCCCCACUUCGGCGCCAGGACCGUUGAGGAGCCAAGAUGGUGUGCAGAGGUCAGCACACCGGUUCUUUGCUGCUCAAGGCUGAGGACAGAGCCUGCUGUACCCUGCCAGGAGCAGGGAGAGGACUGGCCGGCCGUGAACAUGAACAUGUUUAAUAGAGGAAGUGAAUGGAGAGGAGAUGGGAGCCCGGCUCCCAGGUUCUACCAUGGGAAACACUGGUCAGCAGGAAACCUGUGUUCCUUUUCCCCAACCCAUUGCUCCCCAAGGCCCCCAGGGCCCUGUAUACAUAAACUGGUGGGUUGAAUGUUGCUGGAUAACUCUGAUUUCAGAUUGCUGUAAGAAGUGUAUAUUGGGUAACUUUUCUGUGCACUCCCGGGCUAGGCUCUGUGUGUGCGUGCAUGCGUGUUUUCAGAGGCGUACCAGGCACUGAUCCUGUCUUGGGGCACUCACUAUAUAGUGGAGAGGCAGCCCAAACCCAGUUAACUCUAGAAAUAGCGUGACUGGCCUCCCUGCAUUCAUUUGGUACUCCCGCCAACCAACUGCUUCAAAAUACAAGCUGGUUAGGUUACCCCUGCCUGAAAGUCUCCGUGGGUGCCCCAUGGCCCUCGGGCUACAGUCAAAAUUGUCCAAAGCCUUAAAGGCUUUGCCGGCCUGGCCUGCCUGUCUCUUCAGCCUCACUCUGAACUGUGUUCCCUAUCACUCUGCCCCAGUCACACUGGCCUCUACGUCCUCCUGUCAGCCACACGUCUUCCUACUACAGGGACUUGGCACAUCUGGAAUGCUCUUCCUCCCCCACUCACCUGUUAACUCCUGCUUGUCCCUCACACCCCAUGUUCUCUUUCACAGCACUGAUUACUGAUGUGUUCAUGCACCAGUUACCUGCAGAAGGCCUACAGGGUGCCAGACACCUCUGUAAUGUGUUGCUUUUUAGCGUGAUUAUUUGAUUAAUCUCUGCCUCCCCCACCAGACUCUUAAGUUCCCCGAAAGCAGGAAUCCUGUGUUUAUGUUCAACACUGGCUCCCCUUGGCACAUGGUAGGCACUCAAUAAAUGUUCCCCCAAAG